UGUCUUAGUUUUCUUUUAGUUUAGUUAUUUUUUUGUUCAUUAUUAAUUUCCCGCCACUUCGUCGACUUAGCAGAUUCUUUGCUGUCAUCGUAACAACUUAGAAACUGACCUGGAUUAAGUCGUCGCUUUUACUUCCUCCCUUCGUUACUUAUAGUGAGUACCUGGAUUUGUAUUUAUGGAAUUGUGGAGAUACCAACAUCAAUGUCUUUGGUAUUACCACCUGAAAACCUGACUAAAAUUCUGGUCGUUCAGGAAAAGAAGAAGAAAAAAAGGAAAAGGAUAAACUUUUCAUCGAUGCUGCUCCGGUAAAAAAUUUUCAACGUCGGCUAAUAGGCUAGGCUGGUAGUAAGCUUUCUAAUUUCUACAUUGAUUUUUAAAUUUAAUUUUUUUUUUCUUUUGUGAAGUUUAUUAGUAGACAAUUAUGUAGUAAUGGCAUCAUGCUAACUUCUGUCUUCUGUUUCGAACUUAGAUUUACAAGCACCACAUCAUUAUCAUCAUCGCUUGUUGUCAACGCCGCCUUUCCUCGUUUACCACUUCGUUGCCGUCGCCUAUCACAUACUAUAGAAUUCACUCCAUCACCACCAUCACCAGACAGAGGUGACUGCUGCCACCGCGAUCUCCCUUCCUUCCAUACAGAUACUCUCACAACAGUUUCGCUUCUACCACGUUGCUGAAUGUCUACUCUUACUAUUACCAUUACUACAACUACUACUCUCUUCUUAAUCGAAGGUGAGGCAAGCCCUGGAGAUAAUUAAUCUCUCUUACCUUCACGGUUACUAUAUAAUAUUACUACGAGAAAGAGAGAGAGAGAGAGACACACACACACACACACACACACAACCAGACAGACAGACAUACCGGUAUUCAACCGAAGCACCAAGUUUGUCAGGCGUCUUACUACUAGUGUAGUGUUCCACUAGUCCUUUCUAGUGCACCACUAGUAAACCUGCUCAAAAUGGGUCUGUCCGGAGAUGAAGAUGUGGAGCAAAGAUUCUCCAAUUUAUGUCGAGAUCUUAACAUGGACAGAAAUAGCCAGGAGGAGGCGUGGGAAUCUUAUCGUAGGAUUCGCACCUACUUUGUACUUGAGGGGGAACCAUUACAUUGGUUGGCAUGUGCUGCUUACGUAGCUUGCAGACGGAGUGUGGUUCCAACAGUUGGACAAGGGACCAUGGAGGGGAAUUGUGUUUCUCUGACCCGGCUUCUUUCUACAGCUGAUUUUAGCUUGAUUCAUUUCUUCAGCAAAAUGAAGAAAUGGUUGAACAUGGCAAGUUUGCCUCAAGAUUUCAGAGAUAAGAUUGAACGUCUUGAGAGGAACUUUUCAGUAUCUACAGUGACUUUCAAAAAGUACCGGCCAAUAUUCUAUGAUGUUUUCAACAGUGCCUCAGUCCAACCACGGUAUAACCGUAGCAGGAAACAACGUAAAUUGCCCUGUUCUGUGACAGAAUUAUUUUCUUUCUGUUGGACAAUGUUUGUACAGGUCAAAGGCCAUUUUCCAGCAAUCAGUGAUGACCUGGUUAACUCCUAUCAUUUAUUGCUGUGCUGCAUUGAUUGGUGUUAUGCAAAUGCCUUGAUUGCUGGACGUAAAGAUAUUCUCAACCACAGUUUUGCAGGACUUCCUGAGAAUUUUCAUAACAAAGACUGGAAACCUCCAUCUGAAGCUCCGUGUAUCAUAAAACUUCUUUGUGAGAAACACAACGGACUUGUUGUGGAUGCUAAGACAAUUAAAGAACAUCACUGGAAGCCCUAUUUGAAAGAACUUUUCAGGAAACUCCCUUUGAAGCAAAUGUUCAGGGAGCCUAUAUUAAGGGGCAACGAAAGUAACUUAGCUGGUGUGUUGGACACUGGAAACUUUGAAGCUAAUUUCAAAGCAAUCAACCGUGCUUAUGGGGAAUAUGUCUUAAGAGUAGGAGAUUUUGAUGAAACAAUAUUCUUGGAAAAUUACGCCACUGAAGAGAUUGGAACUCCUAGAAAUCAGUCGGAUUUUUCCGAUGGAAUUCCAAUGGAUCGGAGUAUUCACCAACAUUUGGAUGAAACACGAAGUCUUGCACCACCAACCCCUUUGACAGGACGGCGCUAUCUGAAAGAGAAAGAUCCCAACAUCACACCUAUAUCAACUGCUACUCAGAGUGUUAGUCGGUUGCAAGCUCUGUUGUCUGGCCGGAAGACCUCACCAAGUGAUGGCCUUAUAGCAAUAUUUGAUUUUUACCAUUAUUUUAAUUCUCUUGUCAACCAAAAGCCUUCCGACCAUCCUGGAGCACACAGUGACUUUGCACGUAACCGUUUGCAGUUAGCAGAAAGUCUGUAUUUUAAAACUCUAGAAAGUAUUGCUGUGGACGAGAAGAAGAGGUUUUCAGUUAAAGAUGGCAACAAAGAUCUCACAGUUGUUCUGGAACACGAUAUUUUUCAAAGAUCACUAUUUGCUUGUUGUCUUGAAAUUGUGAUAUUUUCUUAUAAUUCUCAAAGGACAUUCCCAUGGAUUGCUGAAAUCUUUGAGUUGAGUCCUUGUCAUUUCUAUCGAGUAAUUGAAAUGGUAAUUAGGGCUGAAGAAGGACUUUCUCGUGAUGUGGUGAAGCAUUUGAAUCUCAUUGAGGAAUCUAUUUUGGAAAGUUAUGCUUGGAAAAGCACAUCUCCUCUUUGGGAUGCUAUUCGAGAGCAGGAAAGCAUACCAACUUGUGAAGAGGUAUCUCUACCUUCUCAGCUUGAAACAAUGACUGCUUCUCCUCCACUUCACCCUGGUAUCCGGAGGUUAGUUGAUGAAGGGAAAAGUACUUAUUAUCAGCAAUCACCAAGUACUUCCAUAAGUGGACGGUUUGGUUCACCUAACCCUGGAACUGCCCGCAGGAAACUUUUCAGCACGGAAACAUCAUCAACGGCACAAGUAACAAAUGUGUUGACGGAGAAUGUGUCAUCGGGUACUGAGGCACAGCAAAUAACAGUAGGUGCCACUGGUACAAAUACUGACCUGACAAAUGCCUCUGUUAAUGCUAUUGUAGCCAGUAACAAUGAGAAUGCUGCCCCAUCUUCGCAAACUCGUAUAAUUACUUUACAACAUGGUCAACAGGUGGUGAUAGUACAGCCAAUUGUUUCUAAUACUACCUCUGUCAGUGUGCCUUCCAAUACAGUUGUGACACCCUCACAACAACAACCACAACAGCCACAACAACAGCAGCAAUUACAGCAGCCACAGAAACAGAAGCCCACUGCAAAACCCAAACGUACAGGAUCUCUUGCCCUUUUCUUUAGGAAGGUAUAUCAUCUUGCUGGUGUACGUCUAAGGGACCUUUGUGAAAAGUUAAAAGUGAAUGAAGAAGAACUACAAAGAAAAAUGUGGACAUGCCUUGAGCAUUGUCUUGUAAAUGAGAUCAGUUUAAUGAAGGAUAGGCAUUUGGAUCAAAUCAUUAUGUGUUCAAUGUAUGUCAUUGCUAAGGUAGCGACAGAUCCACCGCAAACAUUCCAGAAUAUCAUGAGAUGUUAUCGCCUGCAACCUCAAGCUCAAUCUCAUGUUUAUAGAAAUGUACUGCUUUCCACUCGAAGGCGACGAACAUCAGGGAGUAGUGACAGCAGCAGGAAUGGAACAAGUGGUUCUUCUUCCCCUGUUACCACCGAAAGGGAAGAUUCUAAGGAGAAGGAUAAACGAAGGACUGAAGCCUUGAGUAUCCGGUCAUCCAGCACAUUACCGGUUCCACAUCCCAACAGUCAGCCUCCUACUCCAACCAAACUUAUCGGAAUGGGUUCUACGUUAGAAAUGGGGGAAGAAAGAGGUGAUCUCAUCCAGUUCUAUAACCAGGUAUUUGUGAAGAGGAUCAAGGAAUUUGCUUUGAAAUUUUCUGCUAAUCAAUCAAACGAUAAACCUCAUUUAUCACCAUUGCCAGUGGCUAGGUCACAUACGUCUUCACCACGCCGAGUAUCUAAUAAGCACAAUGUCUACAUAUCUCCCCAUAAGACAAACCCUGGGGGAACACCUCAUAGUGGGAAGGUGUACUGUUUCAGCAUGAGUCCUGCCAAAGAUUUACAUGCCAUAAAUGAAAUGAUCAAGAGAGUGCCUGGGAAGCGGUGCCUGGAAAUCGAAGAUGAUAUUUGCCCAUCUCCAGCCAAACGCCCUGAACUUAUGAGACGACUUCAAGAUGUUAACAAGGAUCGACAGAAGGAACAGAAUGGUACUGCAUAAGCAUGUGACACUCACACCCACAUAUAUACACAUUUACACAUUAACAUAAACAGUUAUCCUGCUCUUGUGUUACCAUCUCUCUUCCUUUCUCUCACAUUCUCUGUGUGAGUGCGUGUGCGUGUGUGUGUGUGUGUGUGUGUGUGUGUGUGUGUGUGUGUGUGUGUGUGUAUAUAUAUAUAUAUAUAAUCGUUUUUUAGAAAAACAUAAAUUUGGAGAAGCAUACUCUAAGAAGGAGAACAGUCUAUAUUUAUUAUUGGUGAAGGCCCGUUUAUAGGAUUGCCCUGGGUUUCUUGCCAUUAAGGAUACCUUUAUGACAUGACUUCAGACCCUAAGACUUGUUGGCCUAUGACCUCUUUAAAAUAUGGAGUGGGGAACGAUAUGAAUGUAAACAAGGGGUUUAUGUCCCUUUGUUGCUGGCUCUCGGCUUCUGGCUAUGUCGCCAUCUUUCAGCUAUGAGGGUAAACAGUAGAGGGUUAUCUCUCUCCCAUCAGCAAUCAAUUUCCGGCUGUGGUGCUAUUUUCACAGGCAACAAACACGCACCCAGAAUUAAGACCCUGAACCCAUCGAAGCUGACCUACUGAGCAUCCUGCUGGCGUUUUGGGAACUACAUAGCAGCAAUAGCGAAAAUUAUACCACAGCUGGAAAUUGAUUGCUGAUGGGAGAGAGAGAGAUAACUCUCUAUUGUUUACCCUCAUAUCUGAAAGUUGGUGACAUAGCUGGAAGCCGAUAGCCAGCAGCAAAAUGAGAUAAACCCCUUGUUUACAUCCGUAUCGUUUCCCCCUCCAUAUUUUAAAGAGGUCAUCGGCAAACAGAUCUUGAGGUCUGAAGGUACGCCAUAAAGGUAUCCUCUAUGGUGAGAAACCCAGACUGACCCUGUUAACUGGCUUUCACCUGUAAUAAUAAAAUAAAUAUAUAUAUAUAUUGAGAUGUGUAUUUUUUUUUUGCUCAACCCAGCAUUUCACUUAAGUUUCCACGGAGUAACUGGAGGGUAACUGUUGAAUGUGUGAAUCUAAAAGUGUUUUGAGUUGGUAUGACAAUAUAACAAUAUACAUUGACUCACACACACACACACACACACACACACAUACAAACACGUACAUGUGUGUGCAUUUAAAUUAGGCAUAAAUAAUGGACUUUAUACAUUCAUUUGUG